UACUUUGUUUAUUUCUUUCUUCCCGUAACAGCUGGCAUGCGUUUCUCGGCAUAACACCGUUCCCGUUUUUUGCGCUUCCGGGACAGAUUGCUCAGUACCUGAACCUGAGGUUUUGUUUGUCAGUUUGCUUCCGGAUCUAACAGCUUUCAGGACCAGGAAGGAUGUCUGUGACCAUGAGCAGGACCGACGGGGUCACCGUGUUCACUCUGACCUCUGACCCUGACAGUCGCUGGCCUCCGCUGUGCCAGAUCCUGAAGAGUCUUUGCUACAGCCCGGUGUGCUGCUCCGCGUCCCAGCAGCUGAGGGCCGUCCUGAAGACGCCUCUGUCUGUCCUCGCGGCCAUCCACAUGAUGAUCGGGCUGCUUAACAUUGGCCUCGGCGCCAUCUACCACAUGUCUUACAGUACUCCUUACUUUUUCUCGUUCCGUUAUUUUCCCUACUGGAUGGGAUCUCUGUUCAUUGUGUUUGGCAUCAUGUGCAUUUUAUCUGAGAAGUAUCCAAGUCCAUGUCUGAUCAUCCUCAAUGUGUUUGUCAACCUGGUUGGUGCUGUUCUUGCCAUUACUGCCAUCGUGUUCUGCAGUUUAUUGGAGGGAGACGUAUAUGUGUGGCUUUCCUGUGAUGAGAGGCGUUACUACGACUACUACUCUUACAGACGCACCACGCCAAGUCCUUACAUUAAGGAGAAGUGCUUGGAGAGCAAAGCAAUGAUUGAGAUGCUUCUGAGGAGCAUUCUUGGGGUUCUGCUUGUCCUGGCGGUGGUGGAGCUCUGCGUCGCCAUCAGCUCCGCCGUGUUGGGGAUCAAAGCUCUGAGACGCACCAGCAGCAAACCAAACAAGACCUCUGAUGAGUCGGAGUAUUUCAAACCGCUGCUGGAGGAAGUCACCACCGAGCCUGCAGUCUGAACGUCUUUCACUUCCUGUAAAGAUUAAUCCUGCACUUUAUCCCACUCAAAGGGUUAAUAUCUACAUUAAUCAUCUACUUAUAAGAAGCUUAUGGGUUUUUUAAAAUACAGCUUACAAUCAGUUUAUUACUACCUAUAAUAAUACUAACACAUUAAAUGAAUUUCUAUUUUUAAUAAAUUUGUAAAAAUUUCAAAACCAAAUUGUUGUAAUGAAGUAUUUGAAUUGUGUUGAUGGAGAUUAAUACAAUUUUAAAUCAGGCUGAAACAUAAAAAAGUAAAAGUGAAAACAUCCUGGAUUUUUGUGUUGUUAAUCAGAACUGUGUACGCGCUGCAUUUCUCUUUCUGUAAGUAAAAGAUUUGAAACACCA